CAUAAUUUAUCAUAUAUUCCCAACCCGAAGUCCAAGACUCAGAGUCUUCGUCAAUCUAAACCACAGCAGAGCAGAGAGCAGAGAGCAGAGCAUCAUCGGAGCUGCAGAAAAUGGUUCACUCGAGGCUGGAGGACGCCACUGGUUUAAAGGAAGAGCUCAUCGGAAACGCCUGGUCGGCCGCCGUUAAAGCUCACAAGCAUGCUGAUAAGCCCUUUCUCCUUGAUAAAACCCGAGAUUUCUCCAUCAUCAGCUUCGCUGGAUCUUGGUCACCGGAAGCCUGGUUCUCUUCUUCCGAUUCAUCCUUCGGGGAGACAAAGAUCAACCGUCAGCUGUUCCCCUCCGUCAGGAGCAUCGGGCUCGAUGAAUACGCCGAGGUCAAUUCCGCAUUUUUCCGGCGAUUUGAGGCCAUUUUGGGGAAGCUCAAGGAGGUUCUCAAAGCGAACAAGCCUGUAGCGUUUACCGGCCACUCAGCCGGAGGUCCGGUAGCCAUUCUUGCAACCAUUUGGCUGUUGGAACAGCAAAGAAACUCAAACACAAACACCAAUUUCACUCCUCCAAAAUGCAUCACAUUUGGAUCUCCUCUUGUGGGUAACUUCAUUUUCUCCCAUGCUCUCAAAAGGGAGAAAUGGUCCAUCCAUUUUGUACACUUCGUCACGAGAUACGACAUCGUUCCACGAAUCCAUCUAGCUCCUCUACCUUCCUUGCAACCACAUCUGCAAACCAUCCUCACCUCCUUGAACUCACGAUCACUCGGGUCAGCGUCGAAUGGGAAUGUUGCUACUGAAUUCUUCAUGACGGUGAUGAGGAAUGCGUCGGCUGUGGCAAGCAAUGCUGCCUGCCAUCUUAUGGGAAACACUAACCUUUUGCUAGACACUUUGAAAAGCUUUGUCAAAUUGAGUCCUUAUAGCCCUUUUGGCACUUACAUUUUCUUUACUGACAGUGAGAAAGUGGUGGUGGUGACCAACCCAGAUGCUGUUUUACAAAUACUAUUCUUCGCUUGUCAGUUGAGCUCUGAGAGCGAAUGUGAUAACAUCGCUCAUCAGAGUUUGAAGGCCCAUUGGGAGUAUGAAUCUAAAAUGCGACAGAACUUGGAGCUCCUGCACGCUAUUCGUCUAGAUGAAUUGUAUAAGCUCCCGUUGUCCUUAACAGGCAGAAACACACCGAUAACACAAGCUUUGAAUGAACUUGGCCUAAGUUCGAGAGCUUUAUUGAAUCUUCGAGCAGCUGGCUCAUACGAAGAGCAGAAAAUCAGGAAUCAAGAAAGGAUGAGUCUAAAGAAACAAGAUAUCGAGAAACUAUUGAAUUGGCUAGAAGAAAAUUACAGAGAUGUAUGUAAGGUUGACGGUUUGGGAUAUUAUGAUGCAUUUAAACUCCAGAAGGAUCCGAAGGACUUCCAAGCUAAUAUCAAGAGGCUUGAGCAAGCAGGUAUAUGGGACGAGAUCGUAGAAAUGCUCAAAAGAUACGAGCUCCCGGAUGAAUUUGAGGGCCAGGACGAAUGGAUACAAAUCGGAACCCGGUUUCGCUGUCUCUAUGAGCCUCUAGAUAUUGCUAACUACUAUAGACACUCCAAGAAUGAUGAUACUGGUCCUUAUAUGAUAAAAGGAAGGCCGAAACGUUACAGAUUUACACAAAGAUGGCUCGAACAUAAUCAAAAGAUGACGGAGCCGAGUGAAGUAUCGACUCUUUGGGCAGAGGUAGAGGAGCUUCGUAUCCAAACCAGAACCAAAUUGUACGCUGAAUGUUCAAGAGAAAUCUUAGAGUUGGAGAAGAAGAUGAAGAGAUGGGUCAAUGAGAUUGAAAAUGAUAUGUUGUUAAAGAAAUCUACUUUCACGGAAUGGUGGAAGACACUUCCUGAGCAUCAUAGAUCACAGUCUUGUAUUAGGGACGAUAUCGAGAGGAUGGCGAAUACCGAGGAUGCUACUAACACGAUGUAGUCAGACCCUUAAUGAGGGCAUUGUACUUAUAAAACAAUAAUGUUCCAACCGGAUCCUUUCUGUUUGUAUGAACAAUUAGAAACUUAUUCUAAAAAAUG